AUGCCUGGUAUACCACGUAUUCGUUCAUUACGCAACCGUUUUCUUGUUUUUUCACAACUUAUCGUUGCUGCUCUAGUCGUAUAUAGCCGAGUAUAUCUUCAUUAUCAUACUAUGGCACAAGUUGUUGCUGGUGCAUUUGUUGGAACAGCAUUAGGUGGUGUUUGGUAUUACUUUGCCAAUUAUUAUUUUACAAAAUAUGUUCCAUUUAUAAUUGAACAUCCAUUUGAAAAAUAUUUAUUUAUUCGUGAUUAUGCACCAAUACCUCAUCUUAUUCAUUUUCAAUAUGAAAAUGAAUAUGCUGAAGCUAAACGUUGGCGAGAAAGACGCAUGAAUUAUACAAAAGAUCAAGUAUCAUCAUCUGAAUAA